AUGAAUAUAAAAAAUAAAAUUUUAUUAUUUUUAAUAAUUAUACUUUCAAUAAAAUUAGUACAGGGGUCUAUAAUUGAAGAAAUUGUUUUUGAAAACAGAAUUUCAAAAAAAUAUGCAUCAAAAACAACUUGUGAAUUUAAAUAUAAAGUUUUGUGUGUGGAAGAAUCUCCUGAGGAUGAUUGUGACAAUUUAGAAUUUAAUGAACCACAAUAUGUUAAAUUGGGUAACAAAAUUAGUAAUGGAACAGCAACAGUUAUCGAUAUUACUUUAAACACACCAAUUGGCAAUUAUUCCAAUACAAUCAAUUCAACAUUUACUUUUAAAAGCGAGUGUUUAGAGCUUGAUUUAAAUAGCAUUUCUUUUAAACCAUUUGGUGAUGCUUAUUAUAAACCAUUAUUAGAUUUCAAUUGUAAUAUGUACCUCAGAUUAUAUAAAAUGGAAGGUGAUUUUGAUCCACAGGCUUCUCUAGAAAAUAUUAGUUUCUACUCUACUUAUUAUUUUUAUAACAUACCAGGGACUAAUUUUUUUGAAUUAAGAGUAGUAAUUUUACAAAUGGCUCCUCUUUCUCCAAUAAGUGUACAAAUUACAAGUAAUAAUAAAGUAAAAGAUUUUGUAUUGGAACCAAUUGGUAAAGGUAUUUUCGAUAAAGUUUAUGAUAUUAAAACAUAUCCAGAUGUUAAAUAUUUAAAUAGUUUAGAAACAUUUGGUUAUAAUGAAGGUGCAGUUAUCGAAUUCAAACUAAACAACUCUGUUUAUUCAAGUUUAUUUGAGAUAAAUGUAAAUGAUCAAUUUUAUUAUACCCAAUUCAAACCAAUUUACGGUGACGAACAUAGUACAACUUUUUUGUAUGCACCAUCGACCUAUGAUGCUAUGACACAUUAUAGUAUUUACUAUAUUAACAAUGGGGAAGUUAAAAAAUCAGGCUAUUCAAUUGAUGCAAAAAUGAAUUCAUAUAAAAUUCAAAAUCUACCAUCUACUGGAGAAUUUAAUGGAUAUAAAGGAGGUUUAAUGACAAUAGCAUAUGGAUUUAAUGAUAUUCAAUUAUAUGAUUUUGGUCCAAUUAUUGUUGAUUUGGACGGAGAAAAAAUAGAAACUAGAUUUCCAUUCGGAUAUUCCUCAACAGCCAAUGGAUAUAGAUUUUAUAUAAACUCUAUUGUUAAAAGUGGAUAUCUUUCUUUGCAGUUUGGAUAUGUUUCAUUAAAAUCAAGAGUAUUUCCGCAAGUGAAUUAUUUAAGUUACAAUUUCAAUGAAAUUGGAAAUAUUAACGGCCCAAAAAUUUUAGAUUUUGAAAUAAUUCAUUUGGAAAAAGAAAUGUAUUUACUAAGAUUAGAAAUUAGUGCACAAAACUCACUUUAUUAUAUUAAAGAUAAUACUAAUAAAAGAAAUUACUAUGGAGUUGAAGCUUUGGUUUCAGGAGAUUUAAAUCAAGGUAUAUACGAAAUUAUUCUGGAUGUCUCUCUUAGUCACUUGGAGAUAUAUGAUGAGUUUAAAAAUGUUGAAAUUUUAGAAGCUGAUAAGGUUAUUAGCACUACCAAAGGACUUAAACCUUUUAUUAAUCCAUAUGAAAUAGAAAAUUUUAAUUUCCAAUCAAUAAAACAAGUUUCAUUUUUAUAUAAUGAUAUUGAUAUUUCAAAUCACAGACACCAUAAUGUAUUGUACUUUAAUAGCUCGGAAAUACCAAAAGAUAGAUCUGUUGGGCUUAUAAUUCGUGAUGCAACAAUUCUUAGCAACCCUGUUUAUACUUCAACCACUAAUGUGAAUAUAUUCUAUUCAAGAUUUAAUGAAGAUUUAAAACUAUUCGAAUUAGAGUUUUAUGUAGAAUGUAAUACACAACUAAAUGAAUUUAAUUUUGAUUUAUAUAUUUCAACAAUGGUUAUCACUUACCAAGCUUUAGAUACAAAAUUAAAAAUUAAAAAAUCAAAUUUAGAUUUACAAGGACCAAUGUUUAAAGAUAUAAAAAAAAUAUCACCAAUAACUAUUGAUAAAAACAAUAACAUUGGUCAAAUUGGGUGGAGUAUCAGUAUUGAAGAUCCAAUAAAUGGUUUCGAAUCAGGAUAUGUAACAAUUAGAGGUGAAGUUGACCAGUCUAUUUAUAACAUAACAUUCACAGCAAAAGAUGUAAAAGCAGGCGGUGAUGAAUUCUUGGGUGAAUAUGAUUUUAUAAUCAAAAUUUCAUACCCUUGUAUAAGUCAAAAUUACAAAAUUAGCGAGGUUGGUUUAUAUGAUAAAAUCAAAAGAUUUUCAUAUUUUUCAUUGACAUCUCCAAAUCCAGUAUCAGCAACUUUAAACCCAUUUAUGUACUUUUUAAAUGAACCAAGUAUUAAUAAAGUCUUCCUUACAUGCAAAAGUGAUGAAAUAGUCUCAUUAGACACAACUCCACCAGAAUUAAAUUCACUAACAGUAUCAUCUCAAACAAUUGAUGUUGGAAGUAAAGAUAGAGCAUUUACUAUUAGUUUUACAGCAUCAGAUCCUGAAAGUGGUUUAAAGAAUAAUACAUAUCCAAUUGUCUAUUUAAGUACUUCAAACAAUAGAAUUAUUGAAUGUAUAUCUUCUAUUAUUUCAAUUGAUAACCAAAAGGCUUCCUAUUCAUGCACAUUACAAAUACCAUUCGGUUUUGGUUACAAAGAUAAUAUUAUUAUAUCAGUUUAUGGUUUUAUCAAUAAUAAUGGUUUAUUUAAUGGCUAUUCUACCAAUGAUCUUAUGGAUCUAAAACUAAAUUUAGGUUUAGAUAUAGUUUAUAAUAUUAGAACAAGCUUUACAUUAAAUACAGUUUUAUUAUCUCAUGGUUUGAUUACAGAAAAAGGUGGAGAUUUAUGGAUUUUUGGUCAAAAUUUAAAUGGAAAUUCAGAAGCCUAUAUUACCUAUAGUGAUGGUAAAACUGAAACUAAAAUCCCAUCACUUUAUUAUUCAACAGCACUUCUAAUUAAAAAUGUGAAAGCAACUGAUAAACCAUAUAGUGUAUAUAUCAAAAAAUCAUCAUUAGACUCCAAUAUAUUAGAGAUUAAACCAACUGUUUAUGACUUUUAUAUUCCAUUGAAUAAAAAAGAUAGUUCAGAUACCCCAACUACUCCAAUCCCAACCAAUGCACCUCAAACAUGUUUAGGAAAUCCAGUUUGUGGUGGCCCAUCACAUGGUACAUGUGUCGAAAAUAAAGGCUGUUUAUGUAUUUCACCAUGGUUUGGUAAAGAUUGCUCAUCACAAAUUGUAAUUGUUGACCCACCAGUUAUUGGAGGCAAUAACUCUGGCCCAUCAAUCGAGAUUACUGUACCAGAUAAAAACUCUACAAAUCCUGUUACUUAUUCUUCGUUAAUUUCGAUUGUUGCUUUAAAAGAAACUAAUAUUAAUGGUGAAACUGUAAAACUUUAUCCAUUUGAAGAUACUUGGACCUCAAUAGAAACUGAACCAUAUACAUACGAUUUUUAUAAUAAAUUAAACACAACUAACAACAAAAAUGAUAUCAUCGUAACAAAUGUAAAAGUAACCUUAAAAUGGUUUGUUAAUAAAACAACAGUUAUAUUUGCAAAUGAAGAGCUAACCAUGAACCCAUCAACUCUAAAAUAUACAAUUGAAAUCUUAGAAUAUCCUUUCGACAGUACCUUAAACGGACUAGAGUUAAUCAUGUCAGCACAAUUUAACUCAAGUACAUCCGAUGGUGUAUGUUCAUCAAAAGAAUUUGGUGAAACUGCAGGAGGUGAUAACUCUAACUAUCUAAAGAUUAAAGUUAAAGACUAUUCAUUAUAUGGUAGAUUUGUUAGAAGAGGUUACGUUGAUUCAACAGUUCGUUCGAUUUCAAAUGUUUUAUUAGAUUCUAGUAUGAAAGCAAUUACCAAACCAUCUUCAGUCCAAUCAUAUAUUGGUUUAAGAAUUCCAUACUAUACCAAAAAGGUUAUCCUCGAUCCUGAUUUUUCUAUAUUACUUGAUCAAUACUCUGCAUCAUCAAUUUGUGCAAAUAAAUCAUUGAGUGCUGGUAAAAUUGCUGGUAUUGUGAUAGGUGGUUUUGCUUUUGUCAUUGUAGUUGCUUUAUGCAUUAUAUAUAAUAUAAAGAAAAAACAAAAAGAUAAAAAAAUGAUCGAAAAGAUCAACAAUAAAAUGACUGAAAUGAGAGAAAAUAAAUUAUAA